GUUUCCGAUGAUUUUAAAAGGUUACACUGCGUAAUUCACGAGUAUUGUAUGAGGGAUACGCGACAGUUUGAAGGAUUUUCAUUGCAGAGACACGCAAGCAAGUUGCACACAGGAAUUCAAAUUUGCUUUGGUCGACGGGUGUGUGCCGGCUUCCUCUAACCUGUGUGUGUGGCUAUGAGGCGGGUAGUAGUAGCUCCAUGGAUUGCCCGUCUUCUCUUAGCGACGUUGUCGCUUUUGGCUGAACAGUGUCGGGCGGACAGUGGGGCCCCAAGCUUGGCUGAACGAGUUAUCUGGGCAGUAAACGCCGGCGGGGACACACAUACGGAUACACAUGGCAUUCAUUUCAAGAAAGAUCCAUUGGAAGGAAAAGUCGGGAAAGCUUCAGACUAUGGAAGGCGUCUGCCUAUUCUCCGAUCUAGUCCAGAAGACCAGAUUCUCUAUCAAACUGAAAGAUACAACGAGGACACGUUCGGGUAUGAGAUCCCCAUACGUGAUGAAGGGGACUACAUACUGGUCAUGAAGUUUGCUGAGGUCUACUUUGCCCAGUCUCAGCAGAAGGUGUUUGACGUUCGUCUGAACGGGCACGUUGUGGUGAAGGAUCUGGAUAUUUUCGACCGCGUGGGCCACAGUACGGCACACGACGAGAUCGUUCCAUUCUCCAUAAAGCGGGGGAAACUCAGCGUGCAAGGAGAGGUGUCCACCUUCAAUAGCAAACUCACUGUGGAGUUUGUAAAGGGUUACUAUGACAACCCCAAGGUGUGCGCACUUUACGUGAUGAAGGGCAAACUAGAAGAUGUACCGAAGCUGCAGCCACAUCCUGGUCUCGAGAAGCGGGAAGAGGAGGAGGAAGAGGAAGAGGAAGGUGACGUAGGAGAAGACGGAGCGAAGAAGAGUGCCUCCAGCGCGCAUAAAAACAGGGUGAAGUCAGGACCUCGCACGCCCAACCCUUACGCGGCCGACAACAGUAGCUUGAUGUUUCCCAUCCUGGUGGCUUUCGGGGUCUUCAUCCCUACUCUCUUCUGCCUCUGCAGGCUGUGAAAAAAAAAAAAAAAAAAAGAGAGAGAGAAAGGAUGAGGGAGACAGAAGGACCGUAGGCUGUGGAGGAGGGGAGAAAUUUGGAAUUCAGUUAUGGGGGCAAACAAGUGUAAAGACACAAAAGCAU